AUGGCCCAUGCUCGUCCAUUGGCUGAGCACCAAGCUGCAAACAUCGAACAAGGCGCUGCUUACGUCUGGCAAGUCACAAUCGUGGUACAGGGGAAAGACUGGUUUCUGGCGAUCUACCACCAAAACGACUUGCCCAUCCAAUGCCGGCAGGCCGUCGCGUCAGCAGUCCCCCGCCCAGAUCUGCCAACGACCACUAAUGUUGAUCUACUUAUUUCAUACCCAGCAACCAUCAAAAAUUUCGAAGCUCAAGCAGCUAAUUACGAAUCUGGAGCAGCUAAUCACGAACCUGGAGCAGCUCAUUACGAAUCUGUAGCAGCUCAUUACGAAUCUGUAGCAGCUAAUUACGAAUCUGGACCUGGUGAUGGAUGGCGAAGAACAUUCAUGGAAGUAGGGGGCGACUGGAUUGUGGUGCUCUUCGAUCGAACCAGCUUGGUCAAUACAUACAUCGAGUCCGAAGGGUUUUCCAACCGCCAGCGCCGACGGUUGGAAGAAGCGGAACGUGCUUUCAAUAGUCAUACCAUCACUUCUGGUUACAUACCUUUUAACGAACAACAAAAGUUGCAUACCGAAACUCGACACGGUACAGUCUCAUUGGAUGAAGCUUCACAAUUACUAGCCACCACAGCAGCUAGCCAGCCAGGUGAAAGUGAUCGACUUGCCGAUUCUUACGAUGACGGAGGUCUACGUUUCAACAGCAAACUAAAGGGCAUUCAGCAUCAGAAGACUGCUGCUUGCAGUCACCAGGAUGAGCCCACCAAUCAGGACCGAGUUACUGAAAGUCCCAAUGGCAGCUCAACUGCCAAUCCACCCAAUCAUUACAAAUAUUCUCAUUUCAUAGUCGGCAAAGAAAACCAGAAUCAAUGUGCAGUUUGUGGGGACCAAUUCAAGUCUCCUAAAAACGCUGGCAAGCAUCAGUGGUGCAUCUCUGAAGUUACGAGGAUCAAGAAGUGUAGGCAUGACUUCCACCCCAAAUGCAUUCGACCGUGGAUAAUCGAACACGGCAAUCGUAGCUGUCCCCUUUGUCGUGUUUUUCUAGAUGAUAAUGCCUGA